AUGGCCGCCACUGUCAUCGUAGUCGAUCGCCUGCCCCGUCGAUUGCCAAGAGACGACGGCGGUGGGCGUGAGAACUUGGCCAUCGGUGCAGACAGGCACGCACGCUCGCACGCUGGCACGCAGGGUGGCAAGAGCUUAAUCAGGAGCGACGAGUGGCGGGUCCAGUUCGGCCGACUUCUGGAUGAGCCGACAAGCGGGCUGGUUGGCGGGCGUACGGCCAUCGACGAGGUCGGUCGUGGUGAUUCCAGGAACGGACGGAGGCCGAGGCAGGCACGGCAAGGGCUCGCCGAGCCAAGCGAACGAACGGGCCGAACGAACGCACGAACAGAUGGCCACGCGAGGCCGGGGGCGGAGCGCACGUUCUGCGUUGCCACUCCAUGGACUGACUACCCCGGACCUAGCUUCUCGUUCUGA